AUGGAAGAGAAGAACAAGCGCAGGUUGCCACGAGAUAAUUUGUAUUUGUACUUAAAGAUGCAGUUUAAAGAGGAAGUUGGUGGUGUUGGAGAGGGUGAAUUGGAUCGGAUGGUGCAAGAGAAUAUAUAUUUGAGUGAAUUGAUAGACAGGACUGUCCACGGGUGCAAACGAUCUCCGAAUAGAGUGUGUAUGUUGUCAAUGGACGAGAUGAUGAUUGACCAAGAACAACAAUUACAACUUGAAUAA